AAAGGAGAAGAAAAGGGAAGGGAAGAGAGAUAGAGAGUCAGACGACUGGUUCUUCCUUCGUUUACUGGUCGUCGCCGCGUCCUUCUCCAGCCUCCCAAAAGCGAGGGCGAAAAGGUGCUCGUUUCCUCGCCGCUGCUCCUCUUCUGCCCCCAGUAUUCGCCUUCUCCCUCGAGAGCUUGGCCUCGGAUUCGUUCCAAGCUUCUCCCCGGAGAAAACCCUCCCAAUCGAGGUCGCGGCAUCGAUGCUCGAAUGAGGAGGACCUAGUAAAGAUUGGGCUUUUGCUUGCUAGAUCAAGUUUGUGGAGUAGAAAUGCUGGAAGGUAGCAAAUUUCCUGGAAUUAUAGCAAGUGUCGGUGGGCUCGACACUCGGAGCACCUUCUAUGAUAUGGCUUACUACCGGCCGCUCGAGGAGGGAUCCAAUAUGUCUAUUGACAGUAUUAACAGUAUGCAAACUAGCAUUAAUGGUGGAUCUAUGGCCAUAUCAAGGGAAGUCAGUAGCAUUGGGUCGACUGACUCGCGUACUGGCAUCCUCAACUACCCAGGUCUCCGCCAGAUUGCUACUCCAAAUUAUUCAGUUGACCACAGUGUAAUGCGGCCUGGCAAGGUUAAUCCAGGCUUGACCGGUGAUGCAUUAGCCCAUGCCCUCAUGGACACAAAGCACCCCACGGAGACUCUACAAGGUUAUGAAGAAUGGACCAUUGAUCUUAAUAAGCUAAAUAUGGGUCUUCCGUUUGCUCAGGGAGCUUUUGGUAAACUAUAUAGGGGAACUUACAAUGGAGAAGAGGUUGCUGUUAAACUGCUAGAGAGGCCAGAUGAUGACCUAGAGAGGGCACAGUUGAUGGAACAGCAGUUUGUGCAGGAAGUAAUAAUGUUGGCUAAUUUGAAGCACCAAAAUAUUGUUAGAUUGAUUGGGGCAUGUAGGAAGCCUGUUGUGUGGUGCAUUGUUACUGAGUAUGCGAAGGGUGGUUCUGUUAGGCAGUUCUUAACGAAGAGGCAGAACAGAUCAGUGCCACUCAAGCUUGCAGUUCGACAAGCUCUUGAUGUUGCAAGGGGGAUGGCUUAUGUGCAUGGGCUAGGUUUUAUUCACAGGGAUCUCAAAUCAGACAACCUUCUUAUAUUCACUGAUAAAUCCAUAAAGAUUGCAGAUUUUGGAGUGGCCCGUAUUGAGGUCAAGCCAGAAGGGAUGACACCUGAGACUGGAACAUAUCGUUGGAUGGCUCCAGAAAUGAUCCAACACAGACCCUACGAUCAGAAAGUUGAUGUUUACAGCUUUGGCAUUGUGUUAUGGGAGCUCAUAACCGGCAUGCUUCCCUUUCAGAACAUGACAGCUGUGCAGGCAGCCUUUGCCGUCGUAAACAAAGGUGUCCGUCCCAUCAUACCCCAUGAUUGCCUUCCAGCCCUUUGUGAGAUAAUGACACGCUGCUGGGAUGCAAACCCUGAUGUGCGCCCCCCUUUCACGGACGUAGUGAGAAUGCUGGAGAGUGCAGAGAUGGAUAUAGUAAGCACUGUUCGUAAAGCUCGUUUUAGGUGUUGUCUGUCCGAGCCAAUGACCAGAGACUGAAAUCAGAAACAUGUCUAUGAAGGCUGUGAAAGAAACCGAAAAGGGCGCUGCGCUCAUUGUGUUCAGCAUGUUACUAGAAAACGUUCUCUAUGUGGAAUUUAGUUCUUACCUUCGCAAGGAAAGAUUAUUAUUUAGAUAAUCGUGCUUUUUGUUGGCAGCUUUGUUGUAUUAAAUUGCAUAGCCACUCUAUGAAAUUAAAGUCUUCUUUUCUUUACUCA